GACCCGGAUGUUCCUCCAUUAGCAACAUGGCGGCCGCCGUCAGCAGCAACAUUGUCGUCUCGUUGUUGCGUUGCUAAAGUGUCAGUUAGCUCCUUCAGUCCUGAUCCAGCAGAGUCUCUGUAUGUCUGGAUAAACCUCUGAAUGGACUUCUAGAGGUUCACCUUUGUUUCUGGAUGUUGUUCCUCGGACUCAUCUCCCGGUAGCCUACAAAGAUAUUCAAGUUAGCUUAGCAUGCUAACAGACCGACGGGGACGGAAGUCAGCAACACAGCGCUAGUCCCAGUUUAAAGGAGAGCAAACGGGCUUUGUGACGGAGUUUGUGUGGAGGAAACGUUUCUGUCGUUGUGUGAAGAUGUCUAAAGUCCAAAUGCUGAGAUGUUUAGUCAACCAGCGACUAACUGCGGCUGCGCAAGAGAUAUUUGGGCUGUUUGAAAGAACCAUAGCAGAGUACGAGGAGGAACUUUGUAGUUCCAGAGAGGAGAACGAGCGACAACGGAAACUUCUGGACGCCGUGUUCAACCCGGAAGUCCGGAAUCAAAGAGCAGACCUCCAGCAGCUGUUGGUGGUUCAAGAAGAGGUUCCCCCUGAGCAGCAGGACUGGAUCUUCAGUCUGGACCUGGAGGACCCAGGGCCCCCCCACAUUAAAGAGGACCAGGAGGACCCAGAGCCCCCCCACAUUAAAGAGGACCAGGAGGACCCAGAGCCCCCCCACAAGGAACAGGAGGACCCAGACCCCCCAAUCAUUAAAGAGGAACAGGAGGAACUCUGGACCAGUCAGGAGGGAGAGCAGCUUCAAGGCCUGGAGGAGGCUGGUAUCAGGUUCUCAUUCAGUCCUGUAAAGAGUGAGGAGGAAGCUCAGUUCUCACAUACUGAGAACAGAGAAGCAGAGCAUUUUAAAACAGAAGCUGGUGGAGAGGAAGUGAGAUCCAGCUCAGAUCCAAUGAGUCCUUCACAACCAGCUGCUGGUGAGACUGAUGGCAGUAGAUAUUGGGAGGAGACUCCGGAACCUCAGUCAGAUUUAAAUCAUCUGCAAAACAAUGACGUAAGUGAAGUGGACUGUAAUACUGGAAAUGCAUCAAUUAGGUUGUCUGAAUGUGCUGCAAUCUCUGACCUCAAGGGACGUCUGGAGAAACACACUGAAUCCAAAAUAGGAGAGAAACCAUUUCAAUGCUCGGUUUGUGGCAAAAGAUUUGAACUACAUCGUGCUCUGAAAAGACACAUGGCCGUCCACUCGGGGGAGAAACCAUUCAGUUGUUCACUUUGUGGUAAAACAUUUUCAAAAAAGGGAAACCUGAAAACACACAUGACUGUCCACACACGGGAGAAACCAUUUAGUUGUUCAGUGUGUGGUAAAACAUUUUCACAAAAGGGAAGACUGAACUAUCACAUGUUUGUCCACACAGGAGAGAAACCAUUUAGUUGUUCAGUUUGCGGUAAAACAUUUUCACAAAAGGGAAACCUGAAAAUACACAUGACUAUCCACACGGGGGGUAAACCAUUCAGUUGUUUCAUGUGUGAUAGCCAUUUCCCAAAAGAGCUAACUCUGAAACGACACUUAGCUGGCCACUUGAGGGAGAAACCAUUUAGUUGUUCAGUGUGCGGUAAAGUAUUUCUACGAGCACAAGCUCUGAAACAACACGCAAUUGUUCACUCAGGGGAGAAACCAUUUAGUUGUUCAGUGUGUGGUAAAGCAUUCCCACAAGAGCACAAUAUGAAACGACAUUUACUCAUCCACACAGGGGAGAAACCAUUUAGUUGUUCAGUUUGUGGUAAAGUGUUUGCACAAAAGGGACACCUACACUAUCACAACAAUCUCCACAAGGGGGGAGAAAGCAUUUAGUUGUUGAAAAAUUGACAACACAGAACAGUAUGAAACGACAUUUAAAGUCCACAUGGGAAAAACUAGUUAGUCGUUGAGUUUGCUAUAAAAGAUUCUCUUGUCUCUGCUAUUUAAAAACUCACCAUUGUAUUUGUGAGAGCAUCAGAAAUAAAUGAGACCUGGUUAAACACUUAACUGAUAGGCUGAUACAGUUUAUUCAGCUAAGAUGAAGCUUGCUUCUAUGAUAUUGGCUCAUAUGUGAUGUAUUGUCAUGUUUAUAUUAAUCCAAAAAAAUGUAAAGUGUUUAACUUUCUUUCUCUUCAGCAACAUUUUCUCUCUGGUUUAAAUUCAUGACUUAUUUGAUUUUAUUUCACUGUAAAAAUUGCAAUUGUGUUCCAUAACUGAAGAUUUACUGACGACACACUCUUCAUGAGGGAUGUUCCUGAUACGUGGUUCUAAAGGGGAACCGAGGCUGCACAGACGUGACUUUAAAGGGCAUGACUUUACAUUUCUACUCUAUAUUUUAGAGAGAAAGAUUGUUCUCCUAUUAAAUGGAUAUGUUUCACAUUAAGAUUUGUCCUUAAAAACAAACUGAUAUUUAAUCACAAUACAUUUGUAUUGAUUAAAGUGAUAUUGUUCGUAA